AUGGAUAAAAAGGGAUGUCGCCUCUCACUGCACAAGUCUCCUGAUGUUUUAGCGAAGAAAGGUGAGAAACUCUUGCACUUCGUUGCCCCAGAACAUAGGGAAAAUGUUACCAUUGUCUCAUGUGGGAAUGCAAUUCGACAGGUUAUUCCUCCUACGAUACUUUUCAAAGGAAAGCGACGCAAGCCAGAAUGGGAAGACUAUUUGCCUCCUGGGAAAGCAGUAGAAAUGACAGAUAAGGACUCAAUGAAAACAGCGACAUUUAUCAAAUGGAUACAUCGUUUUGCCAGAUACAAGCCUGCAAAAGAUGUUAUUUUGAUAUUUGAUGGAGCAUCGUCACAUUUGGAUCCUGAAAGUUGCGACGUUGCUGAAUACCACAAUAUCAGACUUUACUGCUUCCCCAGUAACACAGCACAUGAGCUGCAACCCAUGGAUAAACCAGUAUUCAAGUCGUUUGUGUCUUACUGGGAUGACGAAGUUCAGCUGUACUGGCCUACACAUGAAAGGGAAGAAAAAAUAGCACUUAAUAGACCUGUAUUGAAAAAAUCUUCAGCAAGGUGUGGCUAA